GUUGAUUGUUCACUCACUUCACGCUAGUUCAGUCGCGAACGAUGCGCCGGGUGGUCGCGUCUCGCGUACGCACCGUUGUCGCUCCGAACUUCGAAAUUGUUUUACGAAAAUAUGUGAAGUUUCCAAAUUCAAAAUUGUGUAGAACUACCGUGCCGAACGUGUUUAAUUGUGAUCAGUCCAUGUAAAACGUUAUAAAUAAGUAGUUUUAAGUCAUUGAAACUUAAUAGGCUUACUCGUUUUACCUGCAUGCCUCGUCCCACGUCUGAGCGGUUACCUACCUUAUCGGAUAAACGAACAUUUUUCAAAUGGAUGUGCGUUUGAAAUCUGUGAUAGUGUGCGUGUUAUGUGUUUUAAGACUUCGUGAAAGCGUUGUAGGAGAUUGUGACAAGUUUUUACUAUAGUGACGUGCUCGGAGUAGUGAUACGAAAAAGUUGAAUUAGCUCAAGUCAAGAAUCAUGUUCGUGCGCGGGAGUGAGGGGGGCUUCCUCACCGCGUUGUUGCUCUAUUCGCUAGCGGUGGCGUCGGCGCAAUACACAAAAGCCCGAGAACACACGUCACACCAUGUAACGAGAUUAAGGCACUCGAGACACCUAGACACCAGUGUGUACCAGCCGAUACACGCCUCCUCCUUCGUAGCAGCGAAUGGCAAUAAACCCUUGGUUAAGGAUAACCACAAACCGCUGUUCACGGAGUGCCUGAACUACAAGCCGACCGUCAAGGAAGAGCAGCCUCCAGGAACGUAUGUGUUCCAAGUCCAUGCUGAUGACAAGGACCCCCCAGACAUGGGAGGUACGGUAACAUACAAGUUCGUCUCCACUCCUGGCGAGAAGGAGAGAUUUCACGUCGACCCUAUGACAGGGAUAAUUACUACAGGUGAUAUGUUUGACCACGAUGAACCGUCCAGAGAGAAAGAAGCCUAUAUAACAGUACGAGCUAGCGACAACGGCCAACCACAGCUCGACGAUGCAUGUACUAUCAAAAUUAUUAUAGAAGACGUCAAUGACAACCCUCCAGUAUUCGACAAAGUUUCGUAUUCGGAGUCGGUCCCUCAAGACUUGGCGAGCGGGAGAGAGGUGAUGAGGAUAUCAGCAACGGACAUAGACGAUGGAAAUAACUCCAUUGUCCAUUAUAGUCUGGACUCCAACUCACCGGACCAAGCGUAUUUUUUUAUAGAUCCAGAUAACGGAGUCAUAUUUUUAAAUAAGACUAUUGAUAAAGCGCCGGGAUAUAAGUUUAAGCUGAGUGCGAUAGUAAAAGAUAUGGGAAACCCGCCCCUACAAAGUUCUAUAACUUUAGACAUCCAAGUUGUGGAGUCGAACAAGAAAAGUCCAUCCUUCAUCGAAGUACCUGAUCAGCCGAUUAGAUUAAAAGAAAAUUAUUCGGAUUUCAAUACGCCUAUUGCUACUGUGAGGGCUGUGUCAAAUAUACCAGAAGAACAGAAACUCCAAUUCGAGCUGGUGCAAGGUCAGACAGAACAGACGAACAAAUGGCACACGUUCGUGUUAGAACCAGAAGCAAACUCUGCGUAUAUCAAGCUUGGAAACCAUCUGGAUUUUGAGAAGAUCACUGAUUACACACUUACUGUUAGAAUUCAGAACAAUUACAAAUUAGCUGCUGAAACUAUAAUUCAGAUUGAAGUAGAAGAUGUGAAUGAUAAUAUUCCUAUAUUCAGUGAGAUUCGUACGGGUAGUGUGCUUGAAAACGAGAACCCUGGAACACCUGUCAUGCAAGUCAGGGCAUUUGACGCCGAUGGAACAUCAGCUAACAACCAAAUUACUUACGAACUAGGAGAUCCAUCGGACCCUUUCGCCAUUGACAGCAUAACUGGCAACAUUACAACACUAAAAAUGUUUGACAGAGAAGAAAGGAGUUUUUAUAACAUUAAGAUUAUAGCGACUGACAAUUCUGAAUCGGCUUUGAUUCCUGGCAAACAUAAUGCUGGUCAGCAAGUGUUUUUGAUUGAGAUAGCUGAUAAGAACGAUAAUCCACCUCAUUUUACUCAAGACACAUAUGUGGCAGAAUCUAUUGCUGAGAAUGCUAAUAUUAACGAGCUGGUAACUGUUGUGAACGCUUUGGAUAUUGAUACAGCUUCCGUGGUCACAUACAGCAUCGUCGCUGGCAACACAUACGACGCCUUCGUCAUCAGGAACUUUACCGGUGAGAUCAGGGUCAACAAUGAGCUGGAUUACGAGAACAUCACCAGCUACAGCUUAGACGUGAGGGCUUUUGACGGCAUCUAUGAGGACUAUGCCAAAGUCAUCAUCAAUAUUGAGAAUUUGAACGACAACCCGCCGGUGUUUUUGGCAAAUUACACCAAGACUAUUGAGGAAGAGAAGUUGUAUGAAGGGUGUAUUGUUAAGGUGGAAGCCUACGACCCUGAUAUCAAAGACAGGAAUGCUCCUCAAAACAUCGUCUACUCACUGGUCAAGCACGAACAGAAGGAAUUCCUCCAAAUCGACAAUGAUGGUUGUCUCCGUCUCACCAAGCCUUUGGACAGGGACCAGCCUCUAGGGUUCACUAAAUGGCAGAUUCUUAUCAUGGCUGCCGAUCAUGGUGGAAGAUUGGGAUCAGAUAGCUUGAGGUCAACUACGGAAGUGAUUUUGGAACUCACAGACAUCAACGAUAAUGCACCUUUUUUGACGAAUACGCAACCCGUGAUAUGGUAUGAGAACGAGCCCGCUGGUCAAGUGGUCGUAUUGACCGCGAAAGAUUACGACUCCUCGGAGAAUGGACCUCCCUUCUCGUACGCCCUGAACGAAUCCGCAUCCUUCGAUAUACGCUCCAAAUUCCAGAUUCAAAAUAACAACAUUCUUUCCACCCUCGUGUCUUUUGACCGCGAACAGAAGAAAGAGUACAAGAUCCCCAUAGCCAUCACCGACUCCGGCACUCCUCGACUGACGGGCGUUUCCAUCCUCCAUGUUGUGAUCGGAGACAAGAACGACAACCCCAUGGCUCCUGGCCAUAGCGACAUAUUUGUUUACAACUACAAGGGUGAAGCCCCAGACACAGAAAUCGGUCGCGUCUACGUGGACGACCCUGACGAUUGGGACCUAGCAGACAAGAGGUUCAUGUGGCUACCGUCCUAUGAGCAAAGGAGUCCGUACUUCGACAUCCAUAGCAACACUGGCAUGAUCACCAUGAAGGAGGGAACACCUAAUGGAACUUAUUUGUUGAGGUUUAACGUUACUGAAGAGAAUGAGCCCCUAGUUCCUUUCCACUGGGUGGAAGCCACUGUCAACGUGACUAUCAAGGAGAUUCCUGAGGAAGCCGUGGAUAAAUCAGGAUCCAUACGAUUUGUUAACAUCACUGCUGAAGAGUUUAUUGUUCCUGAACCUGAUGGUACGAGUAAGAAGGACAAGCUUCACCGCCGUUUGUCCGAGCUGUAUAAUACGUCUAUGGACAACGUGGAUGUUUUCACCGUUUUUACUAAGAACACUGUGAAAGAUGUGUUUUUGGAUGUCCGGUUUGCAGCGCACGGAUCGCCUUAUUAUCCGCCUGAGAAAUUGGAUAGCAUGGUCAUUACUAUACAGGAGAAGCUCGAAGAAGACCUACAGUCCAAGAUCUACAUGGUGAAGAUAGACGAGUGUCUCAUAGAGAAGGAGCAAUGUGAAGACUCGUGCCGCAACGUUCUGAUGAAGAAUAAUGUCCCUCUCUCCGUGUAUACGAAUACUACCAGCUUUGUGGGUGUAUCGGCCAGGGUUGAAUCGGAGUGUACUUGUGAAGUACAGGAACCGCUUGUUUGUUUGAAUGGAGGUACACCAUUCGCGGACAAAUGCGAGUGUCCCGAAGGUCUAUCAGGGCCCCACUGUGAGCAAACAUCCAUCGGUUUCCAUGGCGACGGCUGGGCUAUGUACUCUGCACCACCGGCCUGCCAAGAGGGCAGAGUGACUUUGACUGUCACUUCACAUUCUAGUAACAGCCUCGUGUUCUAUUUGGGCCCUUUGAAACAUAAUCCGCUGUUGGAUGUUCAAGAUUUCAUGUCACUAGAACUGGUAGAAGGUUUUCCAGUCCUCCUAGUGAACUACGGUUCAGGAACCACUAGACUGAACAACAGUGUCGUCCAUGUAGCUGACGGGAAGCCGCAUCUCAUAGAAAUAGUCCUCAUGAGGAGUUCUAUUGAAAUGUUCGUGGAUAGGUGUAAGCUUUCUACAUGUAUGAGUUUAGCUGCGCCUACUGGACCUAGGGAGAUUUUGAAUGUAAACGGGCCGCUGCAACUGGGAGGUGCCAGCAUAGACCUGCAAUAUCUCGCUAGAACGUUCGGCUGGAAGCACGUGCCUACCAAUCAGAACUUCAUGGGAUGCAUCAGCAACUUCACGUAUAACGAUUUCAUGUACAACCUAGGCGAGCCAUCACUGCACCACAACGCGGACCCGAGCUGCCAGCGCAGCAUGUACACGGCAGUCACCUUCGGCAUCGACACCAACUUCCUCGUCGCUAUACUCGUCUGCAUCGUUAUAUUAGCUAUCCUCCUCCUAGCAGUGGUAGUCCACCGCCGAAGAGCAGACGCGUGGGCCGAGAAGGAGCUAGACGACAUUCGAGAGAACAUCAUCGCGUACGAAGACGAGGGGGGCGGCGAGGGGGACGCGGGCUAUGACCUGCAUGUGUUAAGGCAAAUGUAUGACGGACCUCUGCCCGAUACUGAUGCCUUCAUGCAGAGUAGAGGCAUGGUAGGAGCAGCACCAGAUAUCUCAGGGUUCCUAGACGACAAGAAGUCGGUUCUAGACCGAGACCCCGACAUCACGCCUUACGACGACGUCCGACAUUACGCUUAUGAAGGAGACGGGAAUACGAGCGGUUCUCUCUCUUCUUUAGCGAGCUGUACGGACGACGGCGACCUCAAAUUCAACUACCUACAAACGUUCGGUCCUCGUUUCCGCAAACUCGCGGACAUGUACGGCGAUGAGGACGAAGACCGACCCCACGAGGAGUCCUGGUGCUAGCGCCACGCCUGGCUCGUGUAGCCUCCUCACUGUCCAGGCGAAAUGCCACGCGCUUGGUGACGUCACACCACGUCACCACGCCCCAGAUGCCUUACCGCUUCACAGUAACAGUGCCACCGCGUCUUAUGUCCAGUUGACAGCUGUCACUUUUGACAGCACCUGUCAACUGCACCAAAAACGGUCAGACAGUACACGGUAAUGAGUUGCCAGUGACAUUCACACCCCACCGGAUGAAAACCCCCUUUUGAUUGAAAUUGACUUGAAUUUGAAUUAGAACCCUGUGAUAAUGUGACUUUAAUUUUUAGAGGUUCGCUUUGGGAUUGUAUGAAAUUUUUGUGUUUUGUUUGUGAAGAAGUUUUUUUUGUACAAUUUUUGACAGAUAGUGAUAAAUACACUUGUAUCGAUACUGUUUCUGUUUUUUGUAUUAAUCUUUAUAUAGACGACAUAAUUUCAGACACAAUUUGGAAAGCUGAAAGAAAUAUCAUAUAAUAAUAUCAUAUUUUAAAUACCUGCAAUUUUAUCAAUGAGUUGCUUGAGAUUGCUUUCUAGAUUGUGUGAGAAAUAUGACGUCUGUACACAGAUUGUCUCUCAUACUGUAUUGAAUGAAGUUGUAGCACUUUUGCACUCGCAUGUACUUACGUGACAAAAAUUAAGUAUGUUGCUAGUCGGCAUAACACUUCUAUAAAAGCAUAUUUAUUUGUUUCUCUCUUUUCAAAAAUCCCUAAGCUACAUAUUUGAUUGCAUUUUUAGUUAUAAAUAAUUUUAAUUAAAGUGUCAAAUAAUUCGUAAAUUCACUUGGGUAACUUAUAAUUAGUAUUUCAAAAAAGUGGGUUCAAUUAUUAACUGAUUAAAUUUAAUACAACGUGAUAGCCUGUAAAGGUAGAAAGUUUGUAGCAAAUUGAGUUUUUUUAUUAAGAUAUUGUAUUCAAUUAUAAUUAUUCAAAUAAAUCACAUUUAAAAUGUUUUUAAGGAAAAUGACUGAUGUAACAUUAGGCAUCGUUGUAGAUACGCCUAAAUUAUUUCGACUAUGUAAUUUUUAUAUGUAAAAUGUUUAGGACAGAGAAUUGAGUGAUGUGUAUGGAACUUGUAUUUAAGACUUUUAUACGUAUUAUUCAUUUAGUUUUGUAAUAAAAUAGGUCGGCCUUAGCUAUUAGUUAGUUAUUGGUAUGGGACGAUUUCUCCUCAAAGUCGCCUCGCCUCUUUACAUUCGUUUGGCAGAAGUUUUUAUUAUUCAAUACUUCCAUAUUUCAACAAAUCAUUGGAUAAUUUUACCAAAAAUAUACAGUGAUUUAUUGAAUAUAUAAAUUGGCGUUUUCGCGCGUUUUACAUAAUUAGAAUUAUAAAAACUAACAUUUUGUACUCAAACUGUGUAUUAUAUUAUAAAAAGGGUUUUCUAAAUAAUGGCCGAGGCUAGGUUUGAAGGAUUGGUUCCUACCUUAUAAUAUUGAAGAUGGAACGGAAGUGCCAUUUUGUCUUAUUUUAUUAUAUUAAGCCAUACCGAUAUAUGUUAAAAAUAAUUUUGUGACGAUUCUUUGAAACAGGCCUACACAACAAACAAUAUUUCAUACUUAUUUAAUAUUUUUGUGACAUGCGCCGGACGGUGCACAUACUAAAAACUUUUGUAAUUCAUUAUUUUGUAACGGACAUCCAAUGUUAAAUAAAUAGUUUCAACUAAUUGUAAGCUCGUCUUAAUUGGAAUAUAGUAGAUUAUAAAAUGUAAAUAUGUACAGCGAUGGAUAAACAUUGUGUGAACUUAAUAUUCAGUAAAUUAACUUUUGUAUGGUUAAUAUUAGGCGAAUAUACAAGGUGUCUUAUCAUUAUGCAUAUCAACGAAUUGUAAUAUUAUAAAAAAAAUCCUGUAAUCGGAUCCGUUGUUUGGAAAUGUUCUCAAUGUGACAUAUGCCUAACUAUCUAUGUGUAAUAAUCCAUACUAUGUGUAAUAUCCUUAGCAAAUAAAAAUAAACUAUAUCUACAAAUAAAUAUCCAUUAUUUAUUUCGGACCAAUAAAAAUCUGUUACUAUGAAAGCUGCAAAACAUUUUUGUUAAAACUAGUCCAAAAAUUGUUAGCAGUAGAAGCGUUAGCACAAAAAUUCAAACUUGAGUAUUUUAUGUACGAACAUUUAUUUCGAAAAUAUUUCAAAUAUAUUUUUUUACUUUUAAAAUACGAUUGGUCAAUGGAUUUUGUUUAGAUUUUCGUUUGUAAACCGAACAAAGUUUUUUGUAAAAGGAUUUUCAAUAUUCUAUAUAGAGGAAUUCUUAUAUUUUUGUGUCCAUAGUUAUUAAGUAGUCGUUCGCUUUAUUUUCUUUUGUUAUUGACAUGUUGUUUUGUAAUUAGUUUAUAAGUAGGCACAGAAUUAAUAUAGUACUGUCCAGUACUACGCGAUUUAGGUUUAUUUUAUUUUUUUAUAAUUUUGAUACCGAUCCUAUGAGCUGUUUACGUAUUUAAUGUCGUAUAUAAUUUUAAUGCUACGUAUAAAGAAAAUAAAUGUUAAUUUCUUUCCUUAUUUUGAGUUUCAACUUUUUACUGACAUGUUCUAAAACCUUGAUAAUGACAUUAUAAAUGUACUUCUUUUACAGUUAAAUAUAGGUACUUAUUUUAUUUUUGAAAAACCAAAAGUAAAAUAAUCAAUUAAUUACUAUUGUUAUAACAUAAACAUUUACUUUAACUUUUUUCCAUACUGGUAAAAAGCUGAAAUUGACAAUGUAAAAGGCAAGUUUUUUGAUGAUUUUUCCUAUAUACCGCUUGAGGACUAUUGUCUUAGGAUAUUAAUCCUCAAGAUUCUUAAAUAGUUAAUUAUGUAACAGUGUAAAAAGUAACUUUGAUUACAUUCCAAUAUACAUACGUUAAUAAAAAUGUAAUGUUAUUGAUCAAUUACUCGUACUUAGGCAUUGUUGGUGGACAUUUUUCUAACGUGACUUUUUUCAAAAAUGCCUACCUACAAAUAAAAACACUGCCAUAAAUAAAAAACUAAGAAUAAGAACGCUUUUAAAAGUUUUUUUUUAUUUAUUGACUUGAAUACGAGUUUAAUUUAAACGACAACUUUAAGCGAUUAAGUGCCUUCAGUUCUUUAUGAACAUUUUAUAUUUUAAUAAAUAAUUUUGAACUUAAUUGUACCUUACUAGGUACAGCUCUACAGUAAACUUUUUAUUAUUAUUUCUUAGUCACUUGCGUUAAUGAAUUGUGAUCUUAAAUGUACUUGUAUUUGUUUAUGUUUUGGAUCGAAAAAAAAAGUUUUUAUUUGAUUUAUGUAGCUUUGCUAUUGAAUAUUCUCAGUAAAAAUUUUCUUAGUAUUAUUAUUUUUUUAUAAUUCAUUUUUGCGCGAGUGACUAGUGCAAGAUGGGUUUGUUUUCGAAUUAUAUCCAUAGACAAGGAUAUUUUUGAAUUCCAACCUAUCUUUCUUCUGCCGCGUUUUUGGCUUGACGCGCCAUAAACACUUAUAAAUGCGAUAAAAAUCGUUUUUAUGAGUAAGUGUAUGAUAAAUCGACCAUAUAAGUUUAUGUAAGUAAAGAGUAUGUGUACCUAAUUAUUAUCAAAGUAAAGUUGGAUGUGUUUUAAGGCGAAGAGAGCGACUGAAGAUUGUCAUAUUAUAUUAUAGGCUAGCUUGAACUUUGUUACAUAGACAUUAAGUAUUCAAGGUCGAUAUUGGAAUAAACGAAAUGAAAUAGAAA